AUGACAUCCACCUCCACGAACGCGCAAAACCCGCCCACCGUCGCCGCCUCCAAGCCUUCUGCCCCCGCGAACUCGUCCUCGUCUGGAUCGUCCGCCGUGGCCGCUGGUCAGGCCGCGCCCACUGCACGCAGUUCGUACGCCAACGCGACCAAAUCUCCCCCGAUCGCGAACAGCGCUGCGCCUGUUGUGGUGGGUAGUCAGCAACAUGGCAAGAGCAUCUCCCCGGUGAAUGGGAACUCCAUAAAGCCAGCAGUCCCCGCUAUGGGUCCUACCAUUGCCAACGGCGCCGCCGCUUCACAGGGUGACCACAGCCGCAAGUCCUCCGUGACAAUUAGCGCCGCCGGUACCAGUGGCUACAUUCCCAACGGAGGCCCAGUCCCCAACUCGCGGGCGCCCUCCAACCUCACCUUCGGCUCGAUCGCUGGCUCUCCCGCGCCUUCACACGCCGUGCCGCACCCGCAAGGACAGACCCUCAACCCACAGGCUCCGAACCCGCGUGUCGCAUCGCCCGCGCAUUCGCCCUCGCCGAUCCCUACGCCCAUAUCGAGCGGCGGCAAGCCUGACAAUCUGCCCACUCGCCCGGGCCUUGUUUUCGGCGGCGGUAGCGAAACUGCUGACUCAAACUCACGAGCUAUAUCACUGCCCCCGCAACCAAACUCGCUGCCCCAGGCACAGCACUUGCGCCGCGAAUCUUCACAGUCUGCGCACAGUGACAUGAGCAACGCGAAUAUGAGCCGAGGCUUUCCCCCAAAUGGCGGCCGUGGUCGAGGAGGAUAUAACAACUACCCACCCAUGCACCCUGGUGCCUCCCCUCAACCCUUCCGCGCAUUGCCAAACCAGCCUCGCGGACCUAACAUGCCUCCAGCAUUUCAACCGCAAAUGCAUCCCAACUCCCCAUACCGCGCUAAUAGAUCGCCUGCGCUCACCCCAGCCGCGAUUCACCAGCAGGCUAACUACAGCGGCUACGGCUACAAUCCUCAGCAGCCCUACGCUCAACCGGUUCGUAUUUCUUCAAGUAUCUCAGUUAAAUCUCCCGUAUCCGAGUCGCGCGAGUCGGCUCAGCCAACACAAACUUCUCGGAUACAAAUUUCUUCUCAGUCCUGUCCUGUACCUUCGGCAGUCACGAAGCAACCCAGCUUGCAGGAGCAUCGCGGUUCGUCGUUGUACAGCGGCCUUUUCGAUCCUGUCAACCCACCUUUCUCUUCCAAGUACAUUGAUGAACAAUUUCUGACCGAAAUACAACAAACACAGGCCAUGUACGGUCCACCUCAAGGCUUAGACCCAUACAACGGUUACUACGGCCAAAACUACCCCGGUCAGAACUACGGGAUGCCCCAAGGUAUGCACUACCCAGGUGUCCCAGCGUCUCCAGGACGCGGUGCCUACCCUCAGCAGGCCUAUCCCGUCGCGGGAUAUGGCCAGCCGCCGCAAGCUCAGGGUAUGUCGCGCACGCCUUCGAACAUGUCCGAGCGACCGCCGUCUGCUGCCCAACAGCCUUCUACACCUGCCAUGACCAACGUGAGCCACGUCUCUCAGACGCCGAGUGCCCCGUCAGGCAGCCCAGCUCCGGGCUCUUCCUUCUCCAUACCGCCAAAGACUAAGAGCAAGGCGAUUGUGAUCAAGACGGCCGACGGCCAAGUUGUUGAUUUCAACAACAGCAAGAAGCCCGCAUCGCCUGCUCCGCCGCCCGCGCCCUCCAAGUCUCCUGCCAUCGUUGCCACCCCCACGCCUCCGCCUCGUCCUGAGUCUACACAUAGUCGCUCGGAGACCAAGUCUGCCAGCGAAGUCAAGGCUGAUUUCAUCAAACAAUUCCAGCAACAACUCAAAGUCGAUAGUCAAAAGGAGGAUGAAGACAAGAAGAAGGCAGCUGAAGCAAAGGAGGCCGAGGAAAAGGAACAGAAGGCGAAGGAGGAGGCUGAAGCAGCAGCCAAGGCCGAAGCAGAGAAGGCUGCUAAAGAAAAGGAGGCUGCUGAGGCUGCCGCCAAGAACGAUGAAGAGGAGGCUAAGCGUAAGGCAGAGGAAGAACAGCGCAAAGCCGAUGAAGAGAUGGAGCGCAUGAUCGAAGAGAUGGAGCGCGCCGAGAAGGAGGAAGAGGAGCGUGAACGCAAGUUCGCCGAGGAGAGAAAGGUGAAGGCCGAAGCUGAGAAGGCUCGCGAAGCUGAACGUGCGAAGGAAGCAGACGAGAAGAUGAAGCAAGCUGAGCGUGAAGCUGAAGAGCGGGAGGCUGCUCGAGAGGCCGAGACGCCUGAACAAAAGGCAGAACGUGAGAAGGUCAACCGUGACGCAUUCGCUAGCCUCAAGAAGAAUACCAUGUUUGGACCUGGUGCCAACCAGACCGAGGAGACCCCGCGCCACCCGCCGAGCCCACUGUCACCCCACCCACCCAAGUCAAGCCACCUGGAGCAGGGAAGCCGAAGCCUGCACAUCUGA